AUGUCUUCUGAACAUAAUGAUACAAUUGCUCAAUUAAGAACAUGCGUAUACCUGCCUCCGCGGGUUGGUCUAAUCUUUGCAGCUACAUUCAAUAAAACAUGGACUGGAAAAAUGAAGAUGUUGUUCUACUUUGAUUCACAAGAAAAUCUAGGACUAAUUUCAAUGUUUGGGUACAUGCUCUUCCUAUUCUACAUUGGUGUUAAAACAGAAAUGAGUGUAGUCCACAAAACUAGAAGUGGUGUCACUAACAUAGGAGUUAUUGGUAUAAUAGCUCCAUAUUUAUGUGGCAUGGCUGUUCUAAAUUCCUACUCAUCAAAAUACCUAACAGAUUUGCAAGUAAGACUCCUUGGAGCUAUCAUUGGAUUGUUUAGUAUGGCCCCUUUUCCUGUCAUUUCCUCAACUUUAAGUGAUCUCAAGAUUCUCAAUUCAGAAUUGGGCCGAAUUGGUCUAUCAGCAUCAUUAGUUAGUGAGCUUUUCAAUGUGUUCUUAGCAUCAAUGAUAACAAUUUCUAAAUUACGUGAAGAGCGUGGUGAAGUGAAUGCUAUGCUUUGUGCUUUGGCUGCUAUCUUGUAUAUACUCUUGGUUAUAUUCAUUAUUCGACCAGCGAUGUUUUGGAUUAUAAAACAAACACCAGAAGGUUCGCAUGUGAGUGAUAACUAUGUCUAUAGUAUACUCACACUAACUUUGUUUACAGGCUAUGCUUCAUAUAGAUUUGGAUUCUUUGCACUUUUUGGACCAUUUAUAUUGGGUUUGGCUAUUCCAGAAGGACCUCCAUUAGGCACAGCUAUUGUCAAAAAAAUCGAUACUUUUGUUAAUGAGAUUUUCUUCCCCAUUUUUGUGACCACAUGUUGUAUGAGGGUAGAUUUGAAAGACUUGUUGAUUUGGAGAAAUCAAAGUGAUGGAAGUGUUGAUUAUUUUAUGGUACAAACUUUGGUUAUUGUUCAAGUCAUUGUUGUUACCAAAUUUGUUGCUUGUAUGAUAAUUCCUUUACGCAAUGGGAUGCCAUGGAACGAUGCUAUUUGCUUAUCUUUGAUUAUGAGUUCCAAAGGCUUUGUUGAAAUGGUUGCUUUCUCUUUGGUCAGAGAUUCCAAAGGUCUACCAGGUAACAUCUUUGCAUUAUUGAUGAUAUGCAUCAUAGUAAACUCAACAUUGAUUCCAAUGAUGUUGGGUUAUAUGUACGAUCCAACAAAGAAAUACGCAGGUUACAUAAAGAGAAACAUAGCAGAUCUAAAAAGUAACUCAGAAUUUCGAGUUUUAGCAUGUAUUCAUAGACCAAACAACAUUCCUGCAACAAUAAAUCUUCUAGAAGCAACAUAUCCAACAAAAGAAGAACCAAUAUGUACUUAUGCACUUCAACUCGUGGAAUUAAUAGGAAGAGCUUCACCAAUUUUCAUCUCUCAUAAUCUUCAAAAAAAGAAUAAAUCAAAUUCAGACACAUCAAUGGCAGAUAAGUUACUUGAAUCAUUUAGAAGUUUCGAAAGAGAGUUCCAAGAUUGUUUAGUUGUCAAUGCAUUCACAGCUAUCUCACCACCAGAAAUGAUGUACGACGACAUUUGCACAUUAGCACUCGAUAACUUUACAUCACUUAUUAUUCUUCCUUUUCAUCGACAAUGGUCUUGUGAUGGUAACUCAGUCGAGCUUGAAGACGAGUCAUUAAGGGACAUAAACUAUAGAGUUCUGGAAAGAGCACCAUGUUCUGUUGGUGUUUUAAUCGAACGAGCACAAAUGACACAUAUUUUUUCACCCGAAACACCAUAUAAAGUGUGUUUGAUAUUUAUAGGUGGGAAAGAUGAUAGAGAAGCACUUUUUUUCACAAAGAGAAUGACUAAGAAUCCACAUGUGAAACUUACAGUGGUUCGAUUCUUGUCCUGCGAUGAUGAUGUUGACGAUGAUUCGAAGGGAAGUGGUUGGGAGAAUAAACUUGAUAAUGAACUGUUGGAUGAAAUUAAGACAAAGAAUAAGAUUGGUAAUGUUAGUGUUAAAUAUGUUGAGAGAACAGUGAAAGAUGGACCAGAAACAGCAUUGAUUAUAAGGUCUUUGGCCACUGAAUUUGACUUGAUUGUUGUUGGGAGACAAGCUGGUGUUGAAACUCCUCAAACUUCUGGAUUGUUGCAAUGGAGUGAGUAUUCUGAACUUGGUGUUUUGGGAGAUUUGUUGGUUUCUACUGAUGCUGGUGGUAAAGCUUCUGUUUUUGUUAUACAACAACAAAGAACAACUAUGGAUGUUUAA